AUGAUGGGCGAGGCACUCCCUACUGCUGCGGCCAUAUUGAAAGCCGCGUCUAAACCAUCAGAAUGCGAAGCUCUUUUGCUGGAAGUGAUGGAAUAUGGGACCAAGAAUUGCGAUUCUAUAGAAAAACGGAGCGAACAAGCUGGUGCUGUACUCCGCCAAGUAUGGGAGAAGUCUAGUGAUCUGGAAGCGGCUCUUGUUAAUGUAUUCUGGCUCUCUUCGUCCAUGAUCACUACGGUUGGUAACACAGAGUCGACUAAAUCGCUGGUUGGUAUCGUGCACUUGGUAGUACAGGUGAAGAAUCGACCAAGCUUUUGGGGAAAGCUGCAAACCAACUUACCACCAACCAUUUUGGAGCAGGUUGGAUUGGGGUCCGAGCAGGAGCUGUUAAAAAAAAUGAAGGUUCAUAAUACGCAGGUGAACUACAAGCAACAAAAGUAUAGUCUAUUGCAGGAAGAAUCUGAGGGAUAUUCCAAACUUAUCAGUUUUUUGGCUUCAAAGCCUGAUAGUAGGCAACUUUCAGAUGUUGCGAGACGAAAGGUGCUUUGCCUAAUUGGGAUGUUCGAGUUGGAUCCCAAUCGAGUAUUGGAUAUUACUUGGAAUGUUCUUGAAUCUACGCUCGACAUUUCUACUCUGAAUCUCGAGGAAGCCAUGUCCAAGGCUCCCGAAGUCACCCCUCAACUGUCUCGUCUGAUUGAUAUUAUUCAGGAAUUUCCCAGCGAUAAGUUACAGGCGUUGGUGGCAUUUAAGGUAUCCACAGAGAAGAUGUCACCUGUUCUGCUAGGGACCAUUGCAUUUCUAGCGGCCCGUGAUUUGAUUCAGAUUGGAGGUCUGGAUCAAUCCUUUCCCAAUGAUGUGAAGGCAGAAACCAGAGAAGCGUACAAACUGUUCUGGUCCAACGGUAGGCGACAAGUCAAAAACAUUUCAAAGCUCAGUUUGGGAUCAGGGACUCAAGAAGACGAACGGGUCGCUGGUAUCUCGCAGCACUUCGAUGAGACGAUUGGUAUGCUAAAGAAGAAUCCUAUACUGCGAGUCAUGCUAAUGUUAAUCCACUGGGGGCACUGGAACAAGGUGAAAAGCUUGCUGCCAAGAAUUAUUUGGGGCGAUCUUUGUGCACUGAUGCCAAAAACCUUUGGGGAUGCGUUGUGCAACGAUUCUAGCAAGAAGAUACUUCCUUGGAAGGCAGCCUUCGUCAGCUCUCCCGGCCUUACCGCACCAGAGUCGAACUGUAGUGUUGAAGAUUUUGUGCCAGAGAAACUCGACAACGUGUUGAACACUUUUGUUGAAGCAAUUGCAGAUCCUCUUUCACUCACUUUGCGAUCGGGAUGUAUGGCUUCGCAUGGAGUCUUAUACUCCCAGAUCUGCCGAACAGCAGCUGCCAUACUCGAGAAACACCCGGCGCGGGAUUCCUUCAGUGAAGGGACAAUCGGCUUUUUCAGAAACUUCUUGCUGCCCUCGGUGUGCUUGUUUCCUUCAAACCCGGCAGUUGCAACGGAACUAUGGGCGGUCUUGAAGCACUUGCCGUACUCCAUCAGAUAUCAGCUGUACAAACAAUGGACUGCCUCUGAUAUGCGAAGCUUUCAAGAUCUGGAAUUGCCUGUAUGGAGCCUAGAGAGCGAAGCCAAAGCUUCCAAGGAGAUUCGAUAUCUGCUCAAGCGUCUGUCGCGGGAGAAUGUGCGAGAGAUGAGUCGACAGAUUGCCAAAGUGGCGCACUCGAAUCCACUCACUGUCUUUGGUACGAUGCUGCAGCAAGUUGAAAGUUACGACAACUUAGUAGAUGUCAUGGUUGAAUCUCAACGGUUUGUUAAUCCGCUUGGCUCAGAUGUUCUGGUUUAUUGUCUUUUGAACCGAUUCACGGCCGCUCCUGGAGGUGUAGACCGAAGCCGCUUAAAAGAGGAUGGUGUCAACGUAUCUCAGUGGUUGCAAUCUCUGGAGACGUUCACUGGUUCAUUUUUCACGCGUUUUCCUCAUGUGGAAUUGCGUGGAAUGAUUUGCUAUCUCUUGCGACGACUUUGUGAUGGUGAAGUGAUGGAACUUGGUCUACUGCGAACUUUACUCAAGGUGGGGGGUGGUUUCGCUUUUGCAGACUACUCCCCAGCUGCAUCCUUGUCCACUAGUCAACUGGAUGGCCGUGCGGGAUGGGAGACUCUACAACGGCAAACGAUGUCAUUUGGGAUUGAGGAAGAAUUCAGUGCCAAUGCGGCAACCAGAAUGCACAAAUUGCUCGACACCGAUGGUCUUGGAGUCUCCAUCUUGCUACUUCUAGCACAAGUACAGGCUCGCGAAACAUAUGAUCUGUCUGGCAAAAAGGCAAAGGACUUGAAGCGCAUUGGAUAUUUGAAUGAUUCCAGUAGUUCCGUUAGGUCCAUUCUUUUGGAUUUCUUGACGAGCGAUGACGGGAAGAAAGAUGGCAGUAAGGAAAACCUCCCUUCAUUCCGAGAAGUGUUUGAAGAGUACAACCUGAGUGUUUCGAACACCUGGAUGUUUAAUAAAUUUCUCACUGGACAAGGUGACACAGAGUCGAUGGAUGGAAAUACGCCAAGCAUUUCGGACGCAAUACGUCUUUGCGACAAAGUACUAGCACCAAGUCCUUCCUGGUCUUACAUCUCGACAGAGCUCUUCGACUUCUUUGCUUCAAACACCUUGAGCGAUAUUUACUAUCCAAAAGAGGCAUACUCUUCUGAAAUCUCCCGGGUCAAUAAGGAAGUAAGCAGACACAAGUCUCGUGAUAGAAUGGGCGUCGAAGUUGCUCUUCAUGCUCAGCAAGGAAACCAAAGAAGCGAUGCUAGUGAAGUCAACCGUCUUGAAUUGGUCGCAAAGAACCUACAGAGAGACUCUGACGCCCAAAAGAAGCAUGUCAACGCUGUUCUGGAUGCAAUGCGAGAGAAGUCGAAGGAAUUCUUUUGCUUGACCACGGCUCCCAAAGACACUGCGGUUGCUCUCUUGCAGUCUUGUACGUUUCCCAGAAGCCUACAAAGUCCUGAUGACGCGCUAUAUUCCGCCCAUUUUGCCUUCCAACUACAUGCAAUGGACACCCCUGGGUUCAGCACCUUCAGUUACCUUGACGAGUUAAUUCCAGCCAUCACAGGUUCACUUUUUGGUUGUACGGAGGGCGAGGCUGCAAACUUAGCCAUAUUUUUGUGGGAGACUUGGAAAGUUUCAAACAAAUGGAGGUACGAUGAAAAGUCGUUCGAAGAAGACAUUUCGAACAAAGCAUGCUCCGGGUUUUUGGGGCAGGAUGGGGAAUCAAAGGUGAUGACGCACAAGGAAUUUGGUGUUCUUUACAGCAAAUGGCACGCGAUCCUGGGCAACACCCUGCUUGCUUGUCUCCAAUCAUCAGAAUAUAUGCAUACGAGAGCAGGACUCGUAGUGCUUGCUCGUCUUUGCGGUGUCUUUCCAACCCGUCCAAAGCUAGGAAACAAGCUAUUACGUAUUCUGAAUCAAUUGCAAGAAAAUGAAAGUGUCCGUGCAGACAUUCGAGCAUCAUCAGCGGCAUAUGCUACAAUGCUUCUGAGAACACGCGAUGAAGGAAAGUGGGUUGAAGAGGAUGCUGGUGCUGCGAAGGCCCGAAAGGAGAAGGAUCGCACAGCAGCAGCCAAGCGGAAACGAAAGAUGAAAGAACAAAUGCAAGAGAUGGAUCGUGACAGUGCAAAGAUUGCUGAAGGUACUGGUUUGAACUCCGGUUCAAGAGAUCGUCACGAUAACAGGAGACAACCUCGUGGUCACAGUAAUUCAAGACCCGAACGCCAGAGCGACAGACGAAGGGGACCAAAGCGUACAAAUGAUGAAGACAAUGUUGAGUCGGGAGAAAUAAAUGGAGUGGGAAGGGGUCGACAGGGAUCCCCAUCCAGAAGAUUGCCACCUUCUCGAGAUUCUGGUCGCGAUAGUCGUUGGGCCCGCGGUGAGUCGGCCGCAGAUUUCUCGAGUCGACAAGGUGACAGGAGGCCUGGUUCAGACUCGCGCCACCGUGAUGGAGGGCACGACCACGACAGGGGUGGUGCUUGGAAACGAGAUGAAGGAAGACCAGCGUUUUCUGAUAGCAGAGGCAAGAGCGGCAAGCGUGCCCGACCGUCUUCACCUCAAGACGACAAUGAUACGAGAGGUGAAAGGAGCAAACGAGCAAGAGUGGACGAAGGACGGGAUGCGUCACCACCCAGAAAUAGACGGCGCCGCAACACUCGAAACUAA